CAGUUCUUUGUUAUAGUUUGGGUUUACGCAUUAUUUGUAAAUAUGAAAAAAUAAAUAAUUUGAAUUAAAAAUAAUAUGGAUAAUAAUUUGGAGCAGCCGAGUGCACCAGUGCGACCAUUUAAAUUGGCGCAUCAACUUGUGAGUCUCACCGGCAUUAGUUUGGAAAGAAAAUGCAUAAUUGGCACUGUGGAAUUGACAAUUGUACCAACAAAGGAGGACUUACGCAUUAUACGUCUAAACGCCAAGCAAUGUACCAUAUACAACAUCGUACUGAAUGACGUAUGCAAUACGGAUUUCUACUAUUAUGAUGCAUUUUUAAAUCUAUGUCAAAAGGAUGAUAAAACACGUGCCCUAGAAGAUAUAUCGAAACAUCACCUGCGUGCAGCACAAAUUACAGAUCCAGAUGCAAAUGCAGGUGAAGUUGUAAUUAUAGUACCACCAGCAGCGUAUCAUAUGAUACAGGAAGGUCGUGGUUUACGUAUAGCAAUUGAGUUUUCUAUAGAGAAUCCAACAGGUGGUAUACAUUUUGUAAAUCCACCACCAAGUGAAGAUGAAAAUGUGCCAAAUAGCGCACAUAUGUUUACAUAUGCAUAUGAAAAUUCGUCGCGACUGUGGUUUCCUUGCAUUGAUAGUUUUGCAGAUCCAUGCACUUGGAAACUGGAGUUUACGGUUGAAAAACAUUUAACAGCAGUGUCAUGCGGAGAGUUAGUCGAAAUAGUAAUGACACCAGAUUUGCGCUCCAAGACUUAUCAUUAUACAUUAUCAACGCCAGUCUGUGCGCCAAAUAUAGCUUUAGCAGUAGGUCCAUUUGAAAUAUAUGUGGAUACACAUAUGCAUGAAGUAACACAUUUCUGUUUGCCGCAACUCAUGCCGCUGUUAAAGAAUACAGUACGUUAUUUGCAUGAAGCAUUUGAAUUUUUCGAAGAAACGCUAUCGACUCGUUAUCCUUUCUCCUGCUACAAACAAGUUUUUGUAGAUGAACUAGAUACGGAGAUAAGUGCCUACGCUACUAUGAGUAUCGCAUCUGUACAUCUACUGCAUUCAAUUGCAAUUAUUGAUCAAACGUAUAUAUCACGUACUCUUAUGUCGCGUGCAGUAGCUGAGCAAUUCUUCGGUUGUUUUAUAACAUCGCAUUAUUGGUCUGAUACUUGGCUAGCUAAGGGUAUAGCCGAAUAUUUGUGUGGCCUAUAUUCUCGCAAAUGCUUCGGUAUAUCUGAGUAUCGUACAUGGAUACAAGAAGAGCUAGAUCGUGUUGUUAAGUAUGAAGAACAGUAUGGUGGUAUAAUACUGGAUUGUAGUCAGCCACCCGCACCUUUGCCCGUGUCAAGCACAAAUCCAGCAAAUUCCACAAACAAGCAGCAAGAAAUCAUACACCACUUUCCAAUAAAAAGUUUACAUACUGUUUCACCGAAAUAUGUUGAAGCUAUGCGUCGAAAGGCUCAUCUGGUUAUACGCAUGUUGGAGCACCGUAUUGGUCAGCAGUUACUGCUACAGGUGUUCAAUAAACAACUGGCUUUAGCCACAAAUGCAGCAGUAACGAAAAUUGGUGCUGGCUUAUGGUCUCAUCUACUUAUUUCUACAAAUAUAUUUAUAAAAGCAAUUUUCACUGUUACUGGAAAAGAUAUGUCGGUAUUUAUGGAUCAAUGGGUACGCACAGGUGGUCAUGCAAAAUUUUCUUUAACUUCGGUAUUCAAUCGUAAGCGUAACACAAUUGAAUUGGAAAUACGUCAAGAUUUUGUUAAUCAACGCGGUGUUAAAAAGUACAAUGGUCCAUUAUUGGUGCAAUUGCAGGAGUUGGAUGGCACAUUUAAGCACACCUUACAGAUUGAGAAUACUGUGGUGAAAGCUGAUAUUACCUGUCAUUCAAAAAGUAGGAGAAAUAAAAAAAAGAAAAUUCCACUUUGCACUGGAGAGGAAGUGGAUAUGGAUUUAUCUGCUAUGGAUGAUUCGCCUGUGUUGUGGAUACGUUUAGAUCCGGAAAUGAUUUUAAUACGUGAUUUGUUGAUUGAGCAACCAGAUUUUCAGUGGCAAUAUCAGUUGCGCCAUGAACGUGACGUUACGGCACAGUUUCAGGCUAUCCAUGCAUUGGAACAUUAUUCAACAAAUGCUACUCGUUUAGCUUUAACAGAUACAAUAGAAAACGAAAAAUUCUUCUAUAAAGUGCGGUGUAAUGCAGCUCUUUGCUUAACAAAGGUAGCGAAUCAAAUGGUAACGCAAUGGAGUGGUCCACCAGCCAUGUUAAACAUAUUCCGCAAAUUGUUUGGUUCAUUCAGUGCACCACACAUUAUAAAACAAAAUAAUUUUUCCAACUUUCAACAUUACUUCCUGAUAAAAAUUAUACCCGUUGCAAUGGCAGGUUUACGUACUUCACAUGGUAUAUGUCCACCAGAUGUAAUACGUUUUCUAUUGGAUUUGUUUAAAUACAAUGACAAUACACGUAAUCAUUACUCCGAUGUCUACUAUAGAGCAGCAUUGGUGGACGCAUUGGGUAAUUCCAUAACACCCGUAGUUUCAGUAGCGUUACGUGGUACACUCAUAACAUCUGACAGUCUCUCAGCGGAUGCUAAACUUGUACUAGAAGAGGUCACCCGAUUAUUGAACUUGGAGAAGAAUUUACCAUCGUAUAAAUAUAUGGUAUCAGUUUCAUGUUUAAAAGUUAUAAGAAAAUUGCAAAAAUGUGGUCACCUACCGUCGCUGCCGAAAAUCUAUCGAUGUUAUGCUGCCUAUGGGCAAUACAUUGAUUUGCGUAUAGCUGCUAUGGAGUGUUUAGUUGACUUCGUUAAAGUCGAUGGUCGUUGGGAAGAUUUAGAUCAUUUAAUUACUUUAUUAGAAACCGAUCCAGAUCCAGCUGCACGUCAUGCUUUAGCACAAUUACUCAUAGAUGAUCCACCAUUUAUGAAAGAAUCAAAAAGCCGUUUAGAUCGCCCAGAAUUGGUAGAACGUUUGUAUGACUUAAUCAAUACAAAAUUCGGUUGUGAUACCAAAUUACGUUGCGAUAUGGUAGACUUAUAUUACGCAUUGUACGGUACGAAACGUCCAGUUUGCUUACUAACAGAAUCAAGUAGUAGCGUCAAAGAAACACUUAAAGAAAUUGGCAAUAAAAAGCCUGCUAUAACAGUACCAAUAAAAUCUGAUCCAAAUUUAAUCGAUAUCAUCAACAAAAAUGUUAUUGAAACUGUCGAAGUGGGACCAGUUGAAACUACAAUAAAACGUACUGCUACCCAGGCAUUUGCUGAUGGUAACGAUAUCAUCAAGAUUGAAUCUAAUGAGGAAGUAACUCUAGUAAAUGACGAAAUAAAAAUGGAAUCAAUAGUAGAAACUGAGACUAAAGUUUUUAAUCCCAUUGUUGAUGAUGGUGUUUUCGUACCUGAAUCUAAACGAAUUAAAACAGAGUUUUAUAGCGACGAUGAGAAUUCAGUAACAAUAAUUGAAAAUAGUGAAAAUAUCUUGAACAAACAUGAGAGUGGAUAUGAGCCAAAUAAAACAGAUAUCGAAGUGAAGCAUAAGUCAGAUAAUCCAAUUAAGAAAAAGAAGAAGAAGGAUAAGAAGAAACAUAAGCAUAAACAUAAACACAAACAUAAUAAAGAUAAGGAUAAGGAGAAAGAUAAGGAUAAGGACAAGGAAAAAGAACGAGAAAAGAAGGAAAAAAGAGAUCCAAAUAUUUCAAGGCUACAAGUUAAGGAAGCUACACCGGAAACGCUCAGCUCAGCUGAUAGCAGCAAUAGUAACAGUAAUCCCCCGUUUUUAGUAAGCUCAUUAUAAGCGUAAAUAAAACACAAAGUAAGGAAUUAUUUUUUGUUUUUAGUUAUAUUUUUUAGUUAAAAAAUAAUUAAU